UUAGUCUUCCGUAAAUUUUUCUGAAGUCCUGCCGUCUCCUUCUACUCUUCGCCGGCUCCUUCUAUCUCUCUCUCUCUCAGCCCUGGGUAAUUUCUUCGAUUUGCUUCUCAUUGUAACGGCAACAUUCGCUUCGUUUCUUCGAUGGCAUCAAAACCCUAAUUUAUCCGAACCUCAAAACCCUAGUCCACUAUCAUAACCGCCACUGCCAUGGCGGACAGCGAGCUCGAUGAUUCCAUUAGCGGUUACAAGCUUUGUGGAUUCCUUCGCGUUGUUCUUGCAGUUGCCCAACAGUCGCGAGCCCUACCUUCCUGUGUUCCUUGCUCCCUUUUUGCUGAUGGCUCCAAUGUCGGAUUCAGAACCUACGACGGCAUCUUGCUGUUUCCUGUUUCCGAAGUUAAUGCACCUCAAGAGAUGGGGCGGGAGGAGAGCUCUGCAUGGAAUGUUGGCGGCUGCACUGGAGCGGGAUUGAAGAGGAAGCGACGGGGGUUGGGAGGGUGCAGGAGCAUCGUUCAUCUGCUGCAAAUGCUCACUGCGAAGAAGUGCGUGAAUAUCCAAGCGAGGGUUCUGAAGGUUUCGUCACGGGAAUUUGGCGAUGCGAGAGCGUUGAUAUUGGUGGAUGUUUAUUUGCCUAUUGAUGUUUGGAGCGGGUGGCAGUUCCCUAAGUCGGGUGCUUUAGCUGCUUCCUUGUUCAAGCAUGUGAGUUGCAAUUGGGAAGCCAGAAGUCCAUUGCUUUCCUCUAAUCAUAAUAAUCGGGAUUAUCCUGAUGCAGAUGAUGAAGGCAUUUGGAGUAUAUCUAAUUGUCAUGUUUUUGGUUGUGAAACACACAAUGCAUCUUCAUCUGGUCGUAACCGGUCGUUUGAUCUUCAUGAGAUUUUUAAGUGUUUGCCUAGUGCAGGGAGGGAUAAUAUGAUUCCCAAUACUAGAAUGGAACCUGAGAACACAUCAGCACGUCCUGGAAUCUGGGAUCUUACUGAUGAUGUAUUGUAUAAGGUCUUGUCUUUACUUCAUCCCAUAGAUGUUGUUAGGAUUUCCGCUACUUGCCAUCACUUGAGAUGCUUGGCAUCAUCUAUCACACCAUGCAUGAAGCUUAAGCUAUUUCCACAUCAAGAGGCAGCAGUUGAGUGGAUGUUGGAACGUGAACGCAAACCUGAAUUUAUGUCUCAUCCUCUUUACAUGAGGUUUUCAACGGUAGAUGGUUUUUUAUUCUAUAUCAAUGCUGUUUCAGGAGAAAUAUCAACUGGUGCAGCACCCACCAUUAGUGAUUUUCGGGGAGGAUUGUUUUGUGAUGAACCUGGACUUGGAAAAACUGUAACCGCACUUUCUCUUAUUUUGAAAACACAUGGUACAUUGGCUGAUCCACCUGAUGGUGUAGAUGUAAGAUGGUGCAUGCAUAAAUUGGACCGAAGAUGUGGGUAUUAUGAACUUGGUUCUAAUAACUUGACUACUACGUACCUCCAAUCAGCAUGGAAAAGAUUCAUUGAUCGCAAUUGUCAAAAAGGGAAGGAUUGUUCAAGCAAGUUAUCAUCUGAUCUUGGCUCCUCUGCAACCACAAUGCCUCCUUCACUAAAGCAAGGUAGACCUUUACAUUGUGAGAUAUCUAUUGCAUCAAAAGCUGCUUCAGUUAUGAAGUUGAGUACCUCGUCAUCUAGUACGUACUCGACACAACUAAAAUGUGCUGCUAGAUCAACUAGAAGUUUGAACCUUCUUAAAAGGGAUCUUAUGGACACAUAUCAAAAAAAUGCUGAUGUUGACCAAAACAAAAAUGGUAUGGAUAAUCUGAUUAGCAGCAUUGACAUAAAAAAUGUUACUAGAGUCCAGUCCAUUACAGAUCAAGAUGCAUUGUUAACAACAUCUAACAAAAAACAUAAGAGAGAUAAUAUUCCUGAUUCCGGUGAGACCUGGGUUCAGUGUGAUGCUUGUAGAAAGUGGAGGAAACUCACAAAUAGACAAUAUCUCGAUACAAAAGCUGCAUGGUUUUGUAGCAUGAAUAUUGAUCCAUCCCAUCAAAGUUGUGCUGUUCCUGAAGAAUCUUGGGACUACAAAAGGAAAAUUACAUAUUUACCUGGUUUUUAUACCAAAGGAAACAAACCAGGGAAGGAAGAAAAUAUCUUAUUUUUUACUAGUGUUUUAAAUGACCAUCUUAUGUUACUUGAUUCUAAAGCAAAGAAGGCUCUUACCUGGCUUGCUAAUCUUUCCACAUAUCAACUAUUAAAGAUGGAAAAUGUUGGCAUAACAUCUCCAUUUGUAGACUAUUCAACAGUUUUUGGCAAACAAUCUUAUUCGUACCAUGCGAUAUUUCAAGCAUUUGGUCUAGUGGCAAAACCUCACAGACAACAAACUAAGUGGUUUUAUCCACGCACGCUUGAAAAUUUGAUCUUUGAUUCCACUGCCCUUAAGACUGCUCUCACCAAACCUUUGGACUUAUGCAGGCUUUAUCUGUCUGGAGCAACAUUGAUUGUUGUUCCCGCAAAUUUAGUUGAGCACUGGAAAACCCAAAUUGAAAAGCAUGUUUCUCCUGGUCAACUACAUGUUUAUGUCUGGAAUGAUAACAGUAAGCCAGGUGCUCACAAUCUUGCAUGGGAUUAUGAUGUGGUUAUAACAACUUUUAACCGAUUUAGUUCUGAAUGGAGCCCUCAUAAGAAGAGCGUACUAAUGCAAGUGCAUUGGCUUAGGGUAAUAUUAGAUGAAGGCCACACUCUUGGUUCAAGUCUCAGUUUAACAAACAAGUUUCAAAUGUCCAUCUCCUUGCAUGCAUCAAAUCGUUGGAUUUUAACUGGUACUCCAACUCCAAAUACCCCAAGCAGCCAGGUGGCACAGUUACAUCCCAUGCUCAAAUUUCUUCAUGAAGAAGCCUAUGGACUAGAUCACAAAUCAUGGGAGGCUGCCAUCCUUAGACCUUUUGAAGCAUAUAUGGUGGAGGGACGUGCAUGUUUGUUGCAGCUACUUAAAAGAAUCAUGAUAAGUGCAAGAAAAAUUGAUUUGAAGAGUAUUCCUCCUUGCAUCAAGAAAGUAACAUUUUUAGACUUCACUGCAGAGCAUUCAAAGAGCUACAAUGAACUUGUACUAACUGUCAGGCGCAAUAUUUUAAUGGCUGACUGGAAUGAUCCUUCUCAUGUUGAGUCACUCUUGAACCCUAAACAAUGGAAGUUUCGUAGUAGCACGAUAAAGAAUGUCAGGCUCUCUUGUUGUGUGGCCGGUCAUAUUAAAGUAACUGAUGCUGGCCAAGAUAUUCAGGAAACUAUGGACAUACUAGUGCAGCAAGGCUUAGAUCCUUUUUCAGAGGACUAUGUAUUCAUAAAGAUCGCACUUCUGGAUGGAUGUAGCUGUUUCAGGUGCAAGGAUUGGUGCCGUUUGCCUAUUAUUACUCCAUGUAGGCAUCUUUUAUGCCUUGAUUGUGUUGCUCUAGACAGUGAACAAUGUACUUAUCCUGGUUGUAACUACCGCUAUGAAAUGCAGUCUCCUGAGGUAUUAAAACGUCCAGAAAAUCCAAAUCCCAAGUGGCCUGUUCCUAAAGAUCUUAUUGAGCUGCAACCUUCAUACAAGCAGGAUGAUUGGGAUCCUGAUUGGGAAUCAACUUCUAGCAGCAAGGUUGCGUACUUGAUUAAUAAGUUGAAGGAUUUACUGGAUUCUAACUUGCAAAUGCACUGCUGUGUAGAUAGGAUUUACAAUAAUGAAACUCUUGCUAGCCCUCCCAAUACCCAUUCAGAGGUAUCAACCCACCAGGAGAUUACAAGGCGAAACUGUGAUUCCCAUAAAGCAUUACCUUUGAAAGUUAUUGUGUUUUCUCAAUUCCUUGAGCAUAUACAUGUUAUUGAGCAACAGUUAACCAUUGCUGGCAUCAUAUAUGGUAAAAUGUACAGUCCUCUUCAUUCCUUCAAUAAGAUGAAAUCUUUGAAGAUGUUUCAGUAUGAUGCGAACUGCACGGUUCUUCUAAUGGAUGGGAGUGCUGCAUUAGGCCUUGAUUUGAGCUUUGUUACACAUGUAUUCUUGAUGGAGCCCAUAUGGGAUAGAAGCAUGGAGGAACAGGUCAUUAGUCGUGCUCAUCGAAUGGGGGCUACUCGUCCUAUUCAUGUAGAAACACUUGCAAUGCGUGGUACAAUUGAAGAGCAAAUGUUAGACUUUUUGCAGGGUGAUAGUCCAUCCUGGACGGUGCUGGGGCAGGAUAUUUUGACGGCCCGCCGUGACUGUACUAGGGCUGCUCGUACAUUCCAUGACUUCGCUGAGAGCAAUUAUUUGGCCCAUCUUAAUUUUGUGCGGACCCCUGUUAAGAUCUGAAAGUGUGAUUUUGUGUUUUCAGCGGCUGGCCAUCUUUUUUAUUCUCUACUACACAUACAAGUUGGGCUUUGUUUUGUAUAUAAUUAUGAAUUGGAGUUGCUCGAGCUAAGUGGAAACUAUCAGAUCUCGAAGCAUCUGUUUUGCCAUUGGUUCUAACAUUUCAUGAAUCUCCUUCGCUACCUCGCCAAGCGAUCUCCUAUUCUGUCAUAAUUCUUCAUCUGUUAUACUUUUUUUUUUAUAUAUAACUUCAACCUUUCAUUAUGGAAAAUACCUUUUGGGCUCUGUACAUGUUGCUCAUUUGAUUUGUCCAAUUUUAGU